AAAUUAAUAAAAUUGUUCUACAAAAUCAAGUGGGAUAUUAAAAUGUAAUCAACUGCUCAAAAAAACAUUUUUUCUGCCUAUUUCAAUGAUUAUGAAUCCGAUUUGCCAAGUCGAUAUCAAUAGGCCUGAGUGCCAGAAAUGGAUGGUCCAGGUAUACUCCAAAUGUCGGGAUCUCUUCAAAACUAAUACAUUGCCCAAUUGGGGUCCAGACAAUGCCCCUGUUGUCUAUAAGGCGGAUGUGGAAGCCAUGACCGUCCUAGAUUGCCAUCGGCUCAAGCGGGCAUUGGGCAAGGAAGUGGCUGAAGAGGAUGAGGAGGGGGAUGAGUUGGAUGACCUGGAUGACCUAGAUGAUCUGGAUGAGGGGGAGGAGGGUCUCGAUCCAGGGAAAUUGGUGGGUCUAUUGCUAGCCCUCUGCGCAAUCGCUUUUCUUUUCGUUCUCUUGUGUCGAAUGAAGCGCCGAAACAUAAAAUUAAAGGAAGUCGAGCUUCCAAAACCGGAACCCCAGGAAGCUCCACCCGUUUUACCCCAAAAAAAGAAAAUAAAUAGAGCCGCCAACUGCAAAAGCUGGAUGCGCAGGAGCUGCAGACCCUUCUUCCUCCACAACGAGUCCCAGGUAAGACAGUACCAAUCCCGUGCCGAAAUGGAGGUGGCUGUACACGAGGAACGCACCCGGCAGAAGAUCGCCAUGUGGACAAAGGCCCGGGAGAGAGAUGCCCAAAAGAAGAGAGAUAAGCUCCAAAGGAACGUGAACAAGGCUACCAAAACUUGAUGCCUUUUAUUUUUUAAAUAUUUGUAUGGCAAGCUGUACGCAUAAAUAAAUAAAAGAUUUUAAGCUUAUCUAUUUAUUUUCUCAGAUCACAAAGAAUAUUGCCUUCUUAGAACUACAGCGUUGUGCAACAACACCUCAAAUGAUAUAAGCAAAUAGCCUCUUCGAUUCGCCGAUUACUCUGAAUUCUUGUUAAUGAAAUGAUUAACAUUUUGAAAGUAAAGUGGUCUCUUACAAUGACUAACACUCGCCACUAAAAGUGUGCCAACUAUAACAGAAUUCGCUUCUCCAGAAGAGUUUAUGCUAUAAAAACGUUUUAAGGCAAAGGUUAAGUCACGUAUUUGAUUGCAUACAGCGCCUAAUUUAAUUAUCUUUUGAAUGUAUAUGUUGUAAAUAAAUUUAUUCACUUUAUAGCCAUUGAUAACCACCGUUUGUAGACGGUACUAAAAUGUCUUUUUGUUUCGGAAAAUCAGUUGCUCGCCUAGCUUACAUAUGUUAUAUCGAGUAAUAUUAUUUUGUGUAAAUCUUUAAAAAUUGAUCAGGAAAGCGUGUGCUCAAUAGUUAGUAAAAUGUUCAAUUUAUUAUUUAGGUAUACUUAAGGCUCACUCGUAGUACGAUCCAUCUGUGGCGAGAUCAAUUAGUUUAUGCGCUCGGUUGUGCGAGUGUGUGCAGGUGUACAAUAGUAAUAU